AUGACUGAAGGUAGUAAUCUUGACUCGAAAAGUAAGACAAGGAAGACGAAAUUGAUCAUUGUUCCAUGCCAUUCGAUAUGGAAAAUAGCUCCAAAAGUUCUUUAUGACGAUGAAAUUCCCUUUACUGUAGGAGCAUCUGCAAGUGAAUGGUUCUUAGAAUCUUUUCAACAUGAAGGCAAUGAUCAUUUAGCCUUUAUUUGGCAAAGUCUCUUAGCAAUCGAAGAAUUGUUAAAGGAUCCAGAACAUUCAUUGUUAGUGUUUAGUGGAGGUCAGACUAAGAAAGAAGCGGGACCAAUGUCGGAAGCUCAAAGUUAUUAUGCUUUAAUGGAAAGGAUGUUUGAAUAUCCUGACUAUUCUCGAAAUCAACUGCAAUUCUGGGAAGUUGAUGAGAAAUUAGGUAGUUGUAUGCACAAUCUUUUCAAAAAAUAUCCAAGUCAAUUCCUUUCUCCUGAUUAUAUUGUUACAGAGGAAUUUGCAUUGGAUUCAUUUGAUAAUUUAUUUUAUUCCAUUUGUCGUUUCAAGGAAAUGGUUGGAUUUUAUCCAGAAGAUAUUACAGUCAUUGGCUUUGGUUUCAAGAGGAAGAGAUUUAUUGAUUGUCAUGCGAAAGCUAUAGAUUUUCCUAUUGACCAUUUCAAUUAUAUUAGUAGAGAUCCAUUGCUUCAUGAUCCAACAGAGAAAGAAAUAGAAACAUAUUUGAAGAAAUUGGAUAAAUUGGAAAAGGAAAAUGCAUUCUCUCAUUUCCGCAGAGAUUGGUAUGCCAGAAAAACACCCCUUGUUGAUAAGAAAGAAAAACGUAAUCCUUAUCACAGAAAAGCGUUCUAUGAAGAUAUCAAAUUACUACGUUUAGAUUCUCCGAGUGAAAAUGAUGAGAAUCAUUUUGAGAAGUAUAUACGUGGAAAAAUGCCAUGGUCUAUCACUGAAUAG